AUGGAAGUAUGUGACAAGGAGAAGGUAGAAUCGCCCAUCAUGGGGAUCACCGAGUUGGCAGCAAAAGAGAGAGGAUACAGCUUCAAAACAUUCAAGGGCACCGGGCCAAAGGAGUUUAAAGGGAUAGAAGGCCCAGUUGGCCUGAUGAACUGGAUAGCCAAGAUGCAAAGCUGUUUCAAAAUUUGUAGGUGCACGGAAGAACAAAAGGUAACUUAUGCUGCUACGACCUUUGUGGACUAUGCACUGCACUGGUGGGAGACUGAGUGCGCAGUCAGAGGUGAUGAGGAGAUUGCUGCCAUGGCAUGGGAGCAAAUGAAGAAGAUGAUGAUGGAUAAGUAUUGCUCGCAAACAGAGGCAAGGCUCACCAAAUAUCAGGUAGCCACCGAGGAGAGAAAGAUAGGCCGUUUCAAGGAUGGCUUAAAAAUCAAGAUCAAGCGGUAUGUAGACAUGACUAAAACAACCACGUUUGUACAAGUAGUGGAGAUGGCAAAGGUGGCGGAAGAGAACAACGCUAGAGAAGGUAGUGAUAGAAGAGAGGCGAAGAGAAGAUGGGAAGGAUCGAGCAAGUUCCACAAGAAAUCCAAAUGGAUUCCGACUCUGGCAAAAACCCGAAGCAAGGAACUCACCAUUCCUCCAUGUAGCAAAUGCAACAAGAGGCACAAGGAAGAGUAUAGAGCGGGGAGCCUGACGUUCUACCAGUGUGACAAACCGGGGCAUACCGCAUGA